AAGCCCAAACAGCCUAAAUCUCCUCUGGUCUCCGUCGUUGUCGUUGCCUCCUCCUCCUCCUCCUCCUCCGUCUCAGUGUCAUGGCGCCUAGAAUUUUGCUUAGCGGAGAUCCUCUUGGACGUCUCAAUCAGCUCUUCAAACGUGUUCAAUCGGUUAGCAAAUCCGCUGGUCCGUUUGAUGCUCUAAUUUGCGUCGGACAGUUUUUUCCUGACUCUCCGGAACUUUUAGAUGAGUUUCUGGAGUACGUCGAAGGUCGAGCUCAAGUUCCGAUUCCUACUUACUUCACCGGAGAUUAUGGCGUCGUCGCCCCUAAAAUCCUAUCGACGACUUCUAAGAAAGCUGAGAAUCAAGGGUUUAAGAUGGAUGGGCUUGAGGUUUGCCACAACUUGUUUUGGUUAAGAGGAAGUGGGAAGUUCACUCUUCAUGGUUUGUCUGUUGUUUACUUAUCUGGUAGACAAUCAUCUGAUAGUCAAUUUGGGAAAUAUAGUGAAGAUGAUGUUGAUGCUCUUCGUGCACUUGCUGAGGAACCUGGAGUGGUUGAUUUGUUCUUGACUAAUGAAUGGCCUGCUGGAGUCACAAACAGAGCUGCGGUUUCUGAUGUUCCUGAAGGAGUGUCUGAUUCAUCGUGUAGUGAUUUCACUGUUUCUGAAUUGGUAAUGGAAGUUAAACCUCGCUAUCACAUUGCAGGUUCUAUGGGGGUAUUUUAUGCCCGUGAACCUUACCUCAAUGCUGACUCUACUCAUGUAACUCGCUUUAUUGGUCUUGCUCAAGUUGGAAAUAAAAACAAACAGAAAUUUCUUCAUGCGCUUUCUCCUACACCAACAUCUACCAUGUCACCAUCAGAACUUAGUGCAAGGCCUCCAAACACUACAAUACGUCCUUAUACUUUACAAAAGGGAGCUGCUGAAUCGAAGAAGAGACCAAAUGAUAGUGACUCUGAUUCACAGUAUUGGAGGUAUGAUGUCUCAAAGCGGCAAAGGAAUGGAUCUGAAGGGGAAAAGCUCUGUUUCAAAUUUGUAUGCUCAGGUUCCUGUCAUCGUGGGGAAGAUUGCCAUUUCCAACAUAACGCUGAAGCAAGAGAACAGUGUCGUAGGGGUGUAUGUCUUGAUCUUAUCAUCAAAGGUAAGUGUGAAAAAGGCCCAGAGUGCAGCUACAAGCAUGAGUUUCAAAAUGAAAGCGUACAAAGGAAGCCCAGAUCUGAAAAUGCUAACAGGUCAAAAGAAUGCUGGUUUUGUCUGUCAAGCCCGAGUGUGGAGUCACAUUUGAUCGUCAGUGUAGGGGAAAGUUUUUACUGUGCUCUACCCAAAGGUUAUCUAGUGGAAGACCACAUACUGAUAAUCCCAAUCGAACAUUUUCCCAAUACUCUGGUCUUAUCCCCUGAGGGUGAAUCAGAGCUCAGUAGAUACCAAAAUGGUCUGAGAAAUUGUUACAAGAGCCAAGGAAAUGAUGCAGUUUUCUUUGAAUUGGUCUCUAAACGUGUUUCUCAUGCUAACCUCCAGGUUGUUCCUGUUCCAUCAUCCAGAGCUCGUCUUCUUCCAAAUAUCUUUAGUCUGGCGGCUGAAAAACUGGGGUUUAAGCUUGUGACGAAAAAGUUUAGUGAUAGUUCUGAUGGCAGAAAAUAUCUGCAGAAGGAAUACGAUGCAGCUUUGGGGCUCUUCUAUGUGGAACUUCCUGAUGGAACGGUUUUAUCACACACCCUGGAAGAGAACGAAGUUUUCCCUGCACAAUUUGGACGGGAGGUUCUAGCAGGGCUGCUAAAGAUCCCAGAUAGGGCUGACUGGAGAAACUGUAAAAUUAGCCAAGAAGAGGAGGCAAAGCUGGCUGAAGAUUUCAAGAAACAAUUUCAAGAAUUUGACCCUUGCCAAUAACGUUGCUGGACAAAAUAUACGAUCACAUAUUAUCUUGUGGGCUUCAAUAAUGUAAACUCAAAGUCUCCAAUGCUCUCAGGUCGGAAGCCGAAUCAUGGGAUGCACCAUCAAAGAUAGCUUUGUUUGUCUCUCUCCAUCUCUAGAAACAGGUUCAUCAACAGUGUUCUUUAUUUUGCUCAGUUAAAAGCUAACAGUCUUAUUCCAUAUCUUAUCUUACUGUUUUGCUUGUAACUUCUUCUUUUUGCAUCUUGUAAAACAGUUUCUUUGAUUAAAUUAUAGUUUGUUUGUUGA